CCAUGAGCUACCAGAACUUCUCACAGGCAUGUGUGGGAGUCACUGGCUCUCUGGGAAUAGAUUGGAAUAGAUUGAAAGUUAUACAGAUGCUUCUGAGCUUUCAAGGGGGAGCAGAGGGGAGCGGACAGAUCUGCCAGAGGGGCUGUGAGCAAAGGUCUUUGGAGUACAUGAAAGCCCUACAAGGAGGGGCAGUAGGAGAAAGCCCUGAGGAGGGUGAUAGGGGAGCAGAAGCGUGAGUGAGGCCCAUGGAUAGCAGCAGAAGUGGCAAGCGGGGCCUUGGCGGUGGUGUGGGGAAAGGGUGCUUCUGUUUUGUCGUGUUGGCCAGUGUGCGAUGACCUUUGGAUGAGCAACCAGUGAAGAGCACACAGUUUACUUGCCUGAUAAGUGCAGGGAGGGACUUAGCCUGGCCCUGCAGCUAGAGGCCAGGGAAUCUAUAUAAAGUGCAGGUGGAUCUGGACGGGGACCUUGCUGCUGUGUUUGGCCCAUCAGCUGUGGAAAAUGUUCCGCUUCUUCAGUCGCAGCAAGCGCUAUUUGCAAGUGAAGCGAGUGCUGCAGAGACAGGAGCAGCCCUCAUGGCCAGCACACCAUGUGGCAGCAGCCCAGAAGGGCAGUUUUUCCACCAUCCCUAUGGAUCGCUCAUCCCGAUCAGACUUGUGGCCAAAGGAUGUGGGCAUACAGGCCUUGGAGGUGUACUUCCCUUCACAGUAUGUAGAGCAGGUGGAAUUGGAGAAGUAUGAUGGUGUGGAAGCAGGGAAGUACACGCAAGGCCUGGGCCAGAGGCAAAUGGGCUUCUGCUCAGCCCACGAGGACAUUAACUCCCUCUGCCUGACUGUGGUGCAGAGGCUGGUGGAGCGCAGCCACCUCUCCUGGGACUCCAUCGGCCGACUGGAGGUUGGCACAGAGACUAUUAUUGACAAGUCCAAGGCAGUCAAGACAGUCCUCAUGCAGCUCUUCCAGGACUCGGGGAACACUGAUGUUGAAGGCAUCGACACCACUAAUGCCUGCUAUGGUGGCACAGCCUCCCUCUUCAAUGCUGCCGACUGGGUGGAGUCCAGCUCCUGGGAUGGCCGAUAUGCUUUGGUGGUCUGCGGUGACAUUGCUGUUUAUGCCACUGGGAAUGCCCGUCCCACAGGAGGGGCAGGAGCUGUAGCCAUGCUGGUUGGCCCGAAUGCCCCUCUGGCACUAGAGAGAGGUCUUCGAGGAACCCACAUGGAGAAUGCCUAUGAUUUCUACAAGCCAGACUUGGCUUCAGAGUAUCCUGUGGUAGAUGGGAAACUCUCAAUCCAGUGCUAUUUCCGGGCACUGGAUCAAUGCUAUGCUGUCUAUCGCAAGAAAAUCCAGAGCCAGUGGCAGAAAGAGGGGAUCACCAAACCUUUUACCAUGGAAGACUUCCAGUUCAUAAUCUUCCACACACCCUUCUGCAAACUGGUACAGAAGUCUGUGGGACGGUUGCUGCUCAAUGACUUCCUGGCAGCUCCCAAACCUGACACUGAGAGUGGCAUCUACAAAGGGCUGCAGAGCUUCCGUGGUAAAAAGCUAGAAGACACUUACUCUGACAAGGAUGUGGAGAAGGCAUUUCAAAAAGCAAGCCUGGAGAUUUUCAGCCAGAAAACCAAGCCCUCACUGCUCCUUUCCUCUCGCAAUGGCAACAUGUACACCCCUUCUGUCUACGGGUGUCUCGCCUCUCUCCUUGCACAAUGUUCUGCACAGCAGCUGGCUGGCUCAAGGAUCGGGGCCUUCUCUUAUGGCUCAGGAUUGGCUGCAAGCUUGUUCUCCCUUCGAGUCUCACAGGAUGCUGCCCCAGGUUCCUCCCUGGACAAGCUGGUUUCCAGCCUCUCUGACCUGCAGACUCGCCUGGAUUCCCGGAAGUGCAUCCCGCCUGAGGAGUUUGCACAGAUCAUGAAGUUGAGGGAGGACACCCAUCACUUGGCAAACCACACUCCCCAUGGCUCCAAGGACAACCUUUUCCCAGGCACCUGGUACCUGCAGCAAAUUGAUGACAAAUACCGCCGGGCAUAUGCCAGGAAACCACUUUAACAGGGAACAGGACUGUCCAGAUCUGUGCAACUUUGUGAGAAUAUUGCCUGAGGUGAUGGUUUGCCCAACUACCAUGCUACUAAUGCAAAACCAACAGACUAGAUGCCAUGAGUGACUGGUGCCUCCUGAAUCUGGGGGGGGCACCCACAAAAGCCGCCAAUGGCAGCGGCCCUGUCAAGUGGGGCACCAGCCCUGCCAACAGCAUCAGUGUCGGCCGUCAGGAGGGGCACGUGCACCCCCUACCAGUUCCCUAUGCUAGAUGCAGACACAGCAAACAGACAGAACCAGCUGCAGAAACAUCCUGGCUUUGUCACCACAAGGACUGAAGGCUUGUACAUGCUUCAAGGCAGAGUCUGCAUCCAGCUCAAGGACCUAAAGGGAUAAGGAGCCUGGUGGAAAUAUUCAGAGCCAUUCGGACCUAUAUAUUUGAAGAUGCCUUCCCUUAUGGUCAAGUCCUGUAGAAUCAGGCAGGAAACAAGCCAGUUGAGUUCUACAGAAUGACAACACAUUCUGUAGACCUUUAGGGUAAUUUUUGAGAGCCUCUUGGUAGAUUUUCAUACAUUCUUCCUGUAGGAGUCUAUAGGGUAGUUUAAAAUUUGACAGAUUCCACCCUUUCACCAGCAGUUCUAGCUCUAGCUCUAGCCAUCCCUAGGCUAAAAUGAUCUUUGAAGAAUAUCUUGGCAGACAGGAGUUCCUUUUUGCAGUCUUGUGCUUUUUUGUAUUCCACAUUAUUUUCAUAUAAGAUACAAAACUAAACUAUUACAUAUAGCAAGGGGCCAGGGAAGGAAAAACAUGGUGACAUUGCAGCAACUAGGAAAACUGAGUGGUUUCAUUCACAGAUCUAUCUUUUACAAUGCAAAUGAAGUUGGUUUAGCAUUGAUGACAUGGCAGUACUUCUAAUAGUAAUAAAUAUAAUACAGGGACUGUCUGCUAUUCUGUGGUUGUACAGUGCCAAGCCCAGCGGUUGGCCUCCAGGACACUAUGAGAACUAUAUUAUUAAUAAUAGGAUAUAAAGAAGAAACUGUGUGUGUGUCUGGCUCCAGUGGGAAGCCCUUUGUGUAGGAGAAUUACUGCUGCUGGGUAAUGGCUGAUUCCCUUGACACUUGGGGCAUAUCUCAGACAGUGGAAUUUAAGGUUAUUUCCUUUAGACUUGUGUUCCAAACCAUGAACCAGCUAGCCUUGGAACAAAUGCUGCUGCAUUGUUCAUAUCUUUAGAACCACAUGAUCUCACCAGAGAGUAGUCUGGACAAGCCACUAUUAACUCACAGGCCUGUUUCUUAAUCAAAAUGUAAUAAAUGAUGUUCAUAUUAUGUUAUUUAAAGUUAAACUCCAAGUCAAGAAAUGUAAAGGCUACAUCUCUUACAGCAAAACCAUGCACAACCUCUGCUUUAUGACAUACUUUUAAAUAAGAGACAUUGUAUGAAGGAUUAUAUUUGGCAAGAAUACAGGUAACAAAUGUUAUGUGGAAGACA